UUCUGUUUGUUUGUUCCACCUCAUCGCGACUGAAGAUUGAAUUUUGAUAUUAUUACAACAAUCCAAAAGUUAUCAUAAGUUAAUGUUCUCUUACGACCGGGUAGAAUGUUGUUUCGCGAAUUUUCAUUACCGAUUGAUACUAUUUUGAUUUUAACAAUUUUUCUUCAACCGCACAUUCAUUCUAUACUUUACAAAAGUUCGGACGUUCAUUUUAAUUGCUCAAGCUUAUUUCACCGAACUGUUUACGAAAGUUAUUUGCUUUCAGAAGGCGAUGGACUUAUUUUAAGUUGCAAUGUAUGUUCCGAAUGCUUCAAAGGUAAAGAAAUGUGCGAGCUUGGCGUUGUCAAAAGUGGUUUGUUGAUCCCGAGGGUGGAAACAACUAGUAUUCAAAGUCAUUAUGCCAGUGAUACUAAUUUAUUUGUACCUCCGUAUCCUACCUCAUUGGAACGUAUUCGUCUACGGUUACGCAAACGAAUUUGGCAAAACAUCUCUUCGCUUUUAAGUGCUCUCCCUCUGCUAUAUGAUGAUGGUCACUUGAAAGCAGAAGUUACCACAGAGGCUAACUUAAAAGCACGAAAUUUGUCAUCAUUAUAUUUUACGGUUACUAAGCCUGGUCAACCGACAAGCGUGAUAAAAACAAGUACAACAAGUACUCAUCUUAGUGAAACUAUCCUUCGCAUAAAAAAUGCAAAAUUUGAGCAUGCAGGAAUCUACAGGUGCAUUUUCAAAGGAGAAGUAAUUAGAGCAUGGUCUGUAACAGUGUUAAAACCUGGAGACGAACCAUUUCGAAAUCUGUUUUCACGGCUGAAAAUUAUCCAAGAGAAACCGGAACUAAUUUCAGGAAAUACAUCUAAUGGUGAUGAUGACGACUUGAAAUCCUUAGUUACACAACAUUUGAUCAAAAAUAACUUGAAACUACAUACAUACUGGAAUUCAUGGUCAGAGUGUGUGCCAUGCACCCCAAAAGAAAACUCUUCACUUACUAAAAGUGGCAUGCAAAUAAGAAUCGGUAUUUGUCACGUCACACCCAUUGAUCGAUUCCACUCAAUCAGACCACAUAUGUUGGCUGUUGAAACUGAAGAAGUUUUAAAACUGUUCAGUGGACCAGGUUUGCCUUGCCGUUCUCACUUAAUUAGGAGUUCGAUGUUGAAAUACGGACCAAAGGAAAUUAAGUUGAGACCGAGUGAACUAAUGAUAAGAUCAUGUAUAAGGGAAUGUCCAGGUUUUAACAAUAUUACUACAUUGUCCAAAUCACCUUUCAAUAAACUGUCACGUCUUCCUAAACGAAUCGCGAUACAAGUAAAUGAAGGUGAACCCCUCAUAAUCACAUGCCCAAUAAGGAAUUCAGUAGAAAAACCAAUAACGUGGCUCUAUGCACCAGAUAAUUUUGAUGAGCUAAUGAAGUUAAUUAAAACUGCAUAUAAUUUCACUACUAUUAUUCAAUAUAAAACACCAUUACGAUAUCUAAUUAAUACAUUAAAACAAGUCAAUUUUACAACAUUAAUACGUGAAACACGUGGACGAUAUAGAAUUGAUCCAGCUUAUAAUAUUAUCGUAGCUGAGACCGUAUCACUGAACAAGACACAGCAUAAAGAAUUACAUAGUUUAAUAUGCAUACAUGGUGAUGCGUACUCGAUUCCCAAUGGUUCAGAUAUUUAUCCUGAUUGGUCAGGUAUAAUUUAUAUAGAUGUUUUGCCACAAAGUUCUUUAGCAAGGAUUUUAUCAAAGCUAACACCAGUUAUUCAAAUAAUGAUGCCGUUUGUUUUAGCAUUAGGUAUAUUUUUUAUGAUAAUGCUCACUUUGUACACUGAGAGGCGACCAAAAAUGCGUUUAGCUGCCAAAGGUUUGGUAGUUAAAUAAUAAUUAUAAAGCAACAUAACACUGAAUUUUAUAUGCACCUACAAAGUUGAAAAAGAACAUUGAACGAAUAUGCCAAACUAAUAAAAAUGUUCACGUUUUAAUAUAGCUAAUAAUGUAUUCAAUUUGUUCACAUUGCCAAAUAUCCUUUAUAUUGCAACUAAUACUUGUACUACAUAUACUACUCUCACAUCUCUCUGUGCUGAUGUGGUAUGGUAAACUGACGUACAAAUAUGCCAAAUUCUACGUCACAUCUGACUAAACGACAAAUUGUAAGACCUUGAUACUACAAACAGAUUAAAUAUUAAUGAUAAACGACAGGACAACGGGUAUAUUUACUUAAAACUAGCUGAUCCCUCGUUUUUCUUUGUUUAGAACUUCUAAAAUAAUAUAAAGCUGAUU